GACUGGAUGUCGGGGGAUGUGCGAGGCGGUGGAAAAAGCGCUGGACGCGGAGUUUCAUCAUGGUGCGGAGCCACCUUCUAUCACGAGCCACAGCAGCACUCUGAGGACUUCGCUCCAGCUCGAGUUGGAAAGGUUGAAGCAGCGACUUUUGUAUCAGUACGAGGUUUAUCAAGUGUAAAAAUGUCUGGGUCGGGAAGGAUUGGAACUUGUCAUGCGAAUUCUGGAAUAGGCAAAAAUUUGUAUUGCAUAAACACCAAAAGCUUCCCAUUUCUUGCUACGCAAAUAGGGAAUUUCUCAUGCGGGAUAGAUAUCAGGAGGCCUGCGCAAAACCUGUAAUGCUUUUGCGUGUAGUAAUGGAGACCAGUUGCGUGAUCCAGAAGUUCCGGCUACUCCGGAUCGCAAUCGAUGGAGGGCGGGACCUGCACCGGCGACAGGCGCUAUCCAACCAACCAACCAAAGUCUUGCAAUCUUCCAGACCCAGACAUAUUUGCAUUUCAUAAGGUUCGAUUCGUCCGCGAACAGCUUUUGCAAGACCGGGGCUUCGACCUCCCGACUUGGAAACAAGAAGUGGACGAGCUGGUAGCAAACCAGAAAGACGUGGCGAGCCGGGUGUUGGUAGAGCAGGAGGAACGAAAGGCAAAGCAUCAGGCAGAAAGAGUCGUCGUCGGGCCUGAAGUUGUGGUGGAACAAGAUGUCCUCGUCGAACAGCGUGACAAGAAACACGACGACCCAGAUCAUCAUGGUACAGUCGACGACAAGGAUAGGGAACUAGAGGAAAUGAAGGACCACCUAAAGCCCCCCCUCCUGCACGUAGCAGCUACCACGCCCUCAACGACGACUACAACACCGACUAGUGAGCUCCUUCUUGGGGAGAAUUAUGGCACCAGUUGUAAUCAGGCGCUGAGCACAGCCGCCGCCGCGGCCCUUCAAAGUGUAGAAGGUGAGACGGUCGUUCCAGAAGUACAGGUUGACGGCGAAGCAGCGGCGCCGCCGGAACAACAACUACGGCAGCCGCUUACCAUCCCAAUACCGGAAGCGGAUGAGGAAGUUCUAUCGGGCGGAAAUGCAGCAAUCGUAGGGCAAUUAAGGACCACUACAUCAAAAGCUGCAGACCACGCGG